AUGAAUUUGAGUGAACGGAUUGAUGAUUGGACUCGAGGGUACGACCUCUCUCGAGGCGAUGCGCAGGAGCAGCAGAAAAAUGGAAAAGGGUUGUUGGACCAUAACGGGCGGGUGCAACGUAAGAAGCAAAAACUAAGAGAAACAGAUGUGAAAGCAAAGUUUUGGGUAUAUUUUGAUGGCUUGAUGAUAAGUAUCCCAGAAAGUGAAGAGCUGUAUGUUGGAGGUGAUUUUAAUGGACAUGUAGGCGUACAAAAUGAAAAUUAUGAUAUGGUUCAUGGGGGUAGGGGAAUUGGCAGCCGAAACGAGGACGGCGAAACUUUAUUGGAAAAUGACGACAUAAAAGCCCGUUGGAAGGGAUAUUUCAAUAAACUUCUGAAUGAAGAAAAUGUGUGGGAUGAUGCUCUAAAAGAUGUCUCGGUAAACAUUGGUGUAGUGAAUGAGAUUAGUAUGGAUGAAGUAAGAAAAGCAGUGAAAAGUAUAAAAAAUGGGAAAGCUGUCGGGCCAGAUAGUAUACCAGUAGAAGUAUGGAAAUUAUUAGGAGAAGAGGGCUGCAGGUGGUGGCUGGCUUUAUUCUUUAAUAAAUUAUUGCAAGAAGUGGCGAUCCCUGAGGAAUUGUGCAAUAGUUAA